AUGAAGUGCUAUCUCAUCUUUGCACUCAUGAGCGCAGCUGGAGUCAUUCUGGCCCAAGAUUCUAACACUGAGAAGAUGAACAUAGCAGAAGAUUUUACUAUUCCUUACAUGGUCUAUCUUCAGUCCUUCCCAGAACCCUGUGUGGAGUCUCUCAUUCACCCUGAGUGGGUACUGACCGCUGCUCACUGUCCCUUACCUGUUAAAAUCCGAUUGGGAGUUUAUGAACCCAACAUCGAAAAUAAGAAAGAGCAGGUACGGAAUUUCUCAAUGAUGGUGCCCUACCCUGAAUUCAACGCAGGAUCUCUGAACAAUGACUUGGUGAUGAUAAAACUGUCUAAGGCUGCUGCACUCAACAACCAAGUGGGAACCAUAGCCAUAGCUAUGGAACCCUUAUCACUUAAUGAUUCCUGCUUUAUCCCAACCUGGACCUGGAGUAAAUAUAAAAACCUUAGUGACCCUGACAUGCUGACUUGGAUCAACCAAUAUACUCUCCCCUACAAUGAGUGCCAGAAUAUGCAAGAUGAAAGAGUGGCAAUAAACAUCAUGUGUGUGGGACAACCUCUAAAGACCUUAUCUGAAAAUAAGGAAGUCUCAGCAGCUCCAGCCAUCUUGAAUGGCAUCUUGACUUGGGCAAAAGGAAGUGUCACCCUGGGAAGUGAAGGAUUCUUCACAGAAGUUAAUCCUUAUGCAAGAUGGAUCAUGAGCAUCAUUGAAAGCUACUGA